UUUAAUAAAGAACUUGCACGUGCUGUGAGUCUCUCAACUUGUUUUAACAUCCCAAAAAUACCCAAAAAGCACCGGUUUGGAAAAAAAUAAAUAAAUAAUUCGACGACAAUGUAAAUACAUACUACAAAAAAAUUAAUAAAGAAACAGCAAAAAUCUCGAAUGAACCCAAAGAACGUUGGAACGCAAAAUGAACAGCCUGUGGAUGGGCAACCUGGAACCUUACAUGGAUGAAGAGUUCAUCUCCAGAGCUUUUGCUCAUAUGGGAGAAACGGUAAUAAGAGUCAGAAUAAUCCGAGACAAAAUAACAGGGCAAAAUGCAGGCUAUGGCUUUGUGGAGCUGAUGGAUGAGACUUCAGUAGAGAGAUGUCUCCGCAAAGUGAAUGGGAAACCCUUGCCUGGUGCCACUCCUCUGAAGAGGUUCAAGCUGAGUCGUGCCACCUACGGGAAACAUGGUGACAGCUGCUCUACUUUCUCCCUCUUUGUGUCCGAUCUGACCCCGGACGUGGAUGAUGGCAUGUUAUAUGAGUUCUUUCAUUAUCAUUUUUCAUCCUGCUGCAGUGGGAAGAUCGUUUUGGACAGCAGUGGAUACUCAAAGUGCUGUGGCUUUGUGAGCUUUGAGAGCGAGAGAGAGCAGAAACGGGCUCUGGCAGAACUCCAGGGCGCCUCAGGACUCGGGAAGAAACGUUUACGCCUCAGUCUGGCUGCAAAUAAACUGAAGAAGAAAGAUUCGUCUGAGAACCAGAAUGGUCAGUUCCAUGGAGAAAGCUGUAACAGCCAUAACUUGUAUCUGAACCAGUACUAUUACCCACAGCAUUUGUCUACAUAUGACUGGAACUACGAUUACAGCUACUUGAAUCCUUCACAGAAUUUCACACAGGUUGAAGAGACAGAAGAUGACAGCCUAGAGUAUCCAGAUUCUGACAUAAAUGUGAUGGAGGCAAAUGAAAGAUUUAUGGACCAGAGUGAAGAACUGUACAGUGCUCUGAUGAGUUGUUUCUUCCAGCCCCCUGAAUCAUGGGACGGAGUCACCUGUAGUGUUACAUGUUAUCUACCAGAGCCAAUUUAUCAGUAUGAGGAGAUGGACUGAGUAUAUGUACCAUCAUUUGUUUAUAGUUACUAUUUGUUUAUAUUACAAAGAACCAAUUGUUAAGUUAACUGAGGAUUAAAAAGAAUCAUUAGUUUUUCUUUCUGUUUUUUUUUUUUUUUUUUUAAAUA